CAAUCAACUAAGAAAAUCGUACCCAGUGGCUUUAGUUUGCAUUGUGUGGUAUAGAAGUCUGCGGAAAGAAAUCAGAAAAAUGUCAGCUAUCAGUUUGUUGAAUCCAAAAGCAGAAUUUGCGAGGGCUGCUCAGGCUCUUGCAAUAAAUAUUACCGCAGCGAAAGGUAUUCAAGAUGUGAUGAGAACAAAUUUGGGUCCUAAGGGAACAAUGAAAAUGUUGGUGUCUGGAUCUGGAGACAUUAAAAUUACAAAGGAUGGCAAUGUUCUGCUUCACGAAAUGCAAAUCCAGCAUCCAACUGCUUCGCUUAUUGCACGUGCAUCGACUGCACAGGAUGACAUGACUGGAGAUGGGACAACAUCAACUGUUCUUGUCAUUGGUGAACUCUUGAAGCAAGCUGACCUCUAUAUAUCAGAAGGUCUUCACCCACGCAUCAUUACAGAAGGUUUUGACAAGGCUCGAGCAAAGACUCUGGAAGUUCUGGAAAAGCUUAAGAUUAAGAUCGAGCCAACACGUGAAAAUCUGUUGGAUGUGGCACGUACAUCAUUGCGUACAAAAAUCCAUCCACAGCUUGCAGAUGUUCUGACUGAUAUUUGUGUGGAUGCUGUACUGGCUGUGCGUCAGGGUGACAAGCAAAUUGAUCUGCACAUGGUGGAGAUCAUAGAAAUGCAGCACAAGACAUCCACGGAGACUAGUCUGGUGCGAGGUCUGGUACUAGAUCAUGGCUCUCGUCAUCCAGACAUGCCUAAGAGAGUGGAGAAUGCCUAUAUUCUCACAUGUAAUGUGAGCAUGGAGUAUGAGAAGAGUGAGGUGACCGCGGGUUUCUUCUACAAGUCUGCAGAGGAGAGAGAGAAGCUGGUAUCAAGUGAAAGAGAUUUUAUUGAGAAGCGAGUACAGAAAGUGAUUGACCUAAAGAAUAAAUUAUGUAACAAUACGGACAAGAGAUUUGUUGUUAUAAACCAGAAGGGUAUUGAUCCCAUGUCACUUGAUAUGCUGGCAAAGGAAGGCAUCUUGGCUGUGCGGAGAGCCAAGCGACGUAACAUGGAGCGUCUGGCACUGGCUUGUGGUGGUACUGCUAUGAACUGCGUUGAUGAUCUCACUGAGGAGCAUCUUGGUUUUGCAGGCCUGGUGUAUGAACAUGUACUGGGUGAGAGCAAAUACACGUUCGUGGAGGAAUGCAAGUUUCCUCAGAGUGUCACCAUCUUGAUCAAAGGCCCAAACCAACAUACGCUAACUCAGAUUAAGGAUGCUAUUCGUGAUGGGCUGAGAACCGUAAAGAAUGCGAUUGAUGAUGGUUGUCUUGUUCCUGGUGCUGGAGCAUUUGAAGUAGCAGUAAAUCAGGAGUUGCUCCAAUACAAAAACGAGGUGAGGGGCAAAGCUCGUCUUGGCAUCCAGGCCUAUGCUGAAGCAUUUCUUGUCAUUCCCAAGACACUUGCUGCAAACAGUGGUUUUGAUGCUCAGGAUACCAUUGUGAAGCUGCAGGAAGAAGCACAGCUACUUGGUGAGCCAGUUGGCUUGGAUGUUAAUUCUGGAGAGGCCAUAAGACCAGCUGAUGUAGGGAUAUAUGACAAUUACAUUGUUAAGAAGCAGAUUAUCAAUUCAUGUUCUGUGAUAGCAAGUAAUCUGCUGUUGGUGGAUGAGAUUAUGCGAGCUGGCAUGUCGUCACUGAAAGGUUGAGACCGUCGUGAGGUGAUUCACAGAUACCAGCAUUCCUAUUGAAUUUCAUUCUCAUAAUUUCUUCUAAAAAUCAACAACUUUCUUUAAUAAAAUUUAAUAAAUCAAAUAAAUUACCACUUUCCUAACAGAGGUUCUCUUACUACAUUCUUAAAAUUAAUGAAAUUUCAUACCUAACACCAAAGUGUAUGUUACAUUUUAAAUGCAUUUGAUGGCGGUACUUCAAGCGAAGACACGAUUUUAUAUGUAUUUAUUAUUAGUUAAAAAAUCUGUAUGUUUCAAUUUGGCAUAUACCUGUAUGAUUAAACUCAUAAGUAACAUUAUUUUCUUUUGGCCUAGCUCCUGUUAUAUUGCUUCUGGUUUUCUAAUGCUGAAACUAUACCGUGAUGUAUUUUAUCAUUUCUGUGUGUAAGAAAGUAUAGUGUUACUUAAAAAAACUUGUUAGAAUUGAAAAUAAUCUGUAAUAAAGUCCCUUUUGAUUAUUAUCCAGAAACAGUCUGAAUGAUGGUUCCGAUUUCAGAAUGUUUUUCGGUUUAAUAAAUUUGGAAAGAGCA